AUGCUCUUCUCUCCGAAGGUCUUGGCCGCAACUGGCGUUUUGCUCUCCAUCGCUUCAAUCGGAGCAGCUCAUCCUGGCGAGGGCCAUGAGAAACGUAUGCAGGAGGCAGCGAAUGCUCGCAUGGUUGCAGCAGUCAAUGCUCGAGCUCUUGAGGCUUGCAACGCCCGGCCCGAAGUAAAAGCCAGGAAACAGCGAGCCAUUGCUCGCAGGGAGGGCACUUUCGACCGUCUGCGUCAGAAACGGGGCCUCAAGGAUGAAUCGUUCAUCCACCGACGAGACGAUGCUGCGUUUUCUAAAUGGGCGGCUGUAGACCACAACAAAACCGGUCUUCUCGAUUUCAACGAGAACACACCGGCAGAGGAGCUCUUCGGAUCUAACACUAGCUGCGUCCUUGCCCCAGACAACGCCAAUGGCCCGUACUUCGUCUAUCAGGAGCUCAUCCGACAGGAUGUGGCGGAAGAUCUCGAGGGAAUUCCUUUGCACCUUGAGUUUCAGUUCAUCGAUGUGAACACAUGCGAGCCGGCCGAUGUCUUGAUCGACAUCUGGUCGUGCAACAGCACCGGCCAGUAUAGUGGUGUUAGCGCCAAGGGUCAAGGCGGCCUUGACUCGACCUAUCUUCGGGGUGUCCAGCCUACAGAUGCUGAGGGUGUUGUGAGCUUUGAUACCUUGUUCCCAGGGCACUACUCAGGUCGCGCAUCGCAUCAGCAUAUUAUUGUGCACGUUGGAUCAAAGAUCCUUGACAAUGGAACGUACACUGGCGGCGUCGUAGCGCACCUGUCGCAGUUGUUCUUCGACCAGAAGCUCAUUGAUCUGAUUGAACAGUUGGCUCCUUACAACACCAACCAAAUUGCGCAGACAAAGAACCUGGAGGACGCGUUUGCCGGCUACGGUGCAACUGAGGAGUAUGAUCCGUUCGUUAACUACAUCGUUUUAGGGAGCGAUGUAUCUUCGGGACUGUUUGCUUGGGCCGAGCUUGGCCUCAACACCAGCUCCAAUUGGGACUUUUACGCUCCUUACGCAUCCAUCUGGCAGCCUGGUGGCGGUUCAGACAACCCGAACUUCAAUUUCUCUGUCGUUGGGACGCCGCCACCCACGCAUGGCUAG